AUGGCCCUUGGACUUCGUGAUGGACAGGGCGACGCGCUCGCAUGUGCAAAUUGCCGUUGGAACGGGAAAUUCAGAAGAUGCAGCCUGUGGCAACAAGAACAGACCCCCGAGACCUUGGCUGCUCUUAAGAUUGGACCCCGGCCGUCUGUCGACAACAAAAUUCGAGAGGCUAUAAUGUCGAUUGCCCAGUGCCGCGGGCAGAUGCAGAAGGUGGCUCGCACUCUCAAGGAAACCGUUGCAGACCCAUUUCUUGGGUUUGCCCGGACCCAGGUUCGGAUGCUGAAUUCACUCGCGUCCCAGCUUGACGCAAGCCUUGCGGCCAGCCAGAUUUCCCAUGAUAAGCUGAUCAGCUUGGGAAUCUUACCCGCUUCCCAGUGA